CUCCUCACGGUCCCAAGGUCGUCAACGCUAACGGGGUGCCGUAAGACAUGCAGCGCGGCUUUGCUUUCUGGGGGCAGCGCACGGGUGGUCCUUGCGGCUCGUCAAUAAUACCAUAGAGGGCGACGACGGCAGCGACAGCGCGCAUCGACAGGGAGGGCAAGUGCCUGAAUAUGCCAUAUGCGCCCCCUCGUCAACUAUCCGACCGUCGUCCGUCUACGCCAGGUGCAAGCACGCUCGGGUCCAGAGUAACCGAUGUCGUCGCUUUGCGCGCGCGAAAGCCGACGAGGAGGGUGCGUCCAUUGAGAGAAGGCCAGUGGCGGCGCCGCGCGGCGGCCCUCGUUGCAUGGCGGGGCGCUGGCAUGCUGAUUGCGAGCAGCUCGCUUGUUUGUGGGCAUGCUGCGGUCUACGGAGGAGACUGCCAUGCUGCCGUAGACGACGGACAUGCCCCAUGCGAGAGUCAUACGGUCUUGACCUUGGACAUUGCCUCGAGGGCGCACUUGAGGAUGGGGCGGCCUCCGAUGCCACUCGGACGCGUCGGCCGUAUGCAUCUCGGUCUGUCCGCCUUCGCCUCGCCGGGUCUGCGCUGUGGACGCAAACUCUCAGAGCCUCUCACAACGUUCGCGGGGUCUUCGGUCGCUCUAGACGACAGCUUUACGGACCGUGCUCAAUGUUCAACCACCACGCCGUGCUCGCACCAUCUCAAGUACUACGAGUAGGCUUUCGUUCCGACCUCUUUUGGGCAUAACUUUGUCGACGCAACGCCGUGGUCAUCGUGCGCGAAAGCGCUCCUGCCCUGCGCCGAACUCUCGUCCUCUCUGUACCGGACGGAUCCAGCUCGCCUUUGUCGGCUCUAUCCUCUCGAGUCGACCUGAAAGCCUGCCGAAGAGCGCCAUUUGCACCGCUUUCCCGCGCGUCAUAUGGAGCGCAGGGUCACCCACUCACGCUCUGCGUCCGCUG